UUCGACACAACAACUAAUUAAACGCACACAUUUAUCUUCACUCUGAAUUGAGCUAAGUUCUCACAUCAUACUCUCUCCUUGGAGAAUUAUGGCUAUUUCAAAAGCUCUUAUUGCUUCUCUUCUCAUAUCUCUUCUUGUUCUUCAACUCGUCCAGGCCGAUGUCUUCGAAAACUCACAGAAGAAAAAAGGUUACGCAAAGAAGAUCGAUUGUGGGAGUGCGUGUGUAGCACGGUGCAGGCUUUCGAGGAGGCCGAGGCUGUGUCACAGAGCGUGCGGGACUUGCUGCUACAGGUGCAACUGUGUGCCUCCGGGCACAUACGGUAACUACGACAAGUGCCAGUGCUACGCUACCCUCACCACCCACGGUGGACGCCGCAAGUGCCCAUAAGAAACAAAGCUCUUAAUUGCUGCAGAUAAUGCGAUGAUGUCGUUUUGUUAGUAUUUCUUUGGCGUAUAUAUGUGGAUCGAAUAAUAAACGAGAACUUACGUUGUCGUUGUGAGUGAGUACUGUAUUAUUAGUUGGUAUAUUUGUUGCAAGUUUUCUGGUUUUGAAUUUGUUUUUUUUUUCUUAUUUGUAUAUCGAUUCGUGCAAAAAUCUCAUUGUAUUAUUUCAUUUUGUAAUAAAAUUAUGUUACUUUGAUGCAA